AUGACCACUAUCAGAACUCUCCUAGCAGUGGCAGCAGCAAAGAAUUGGCAUUUGCAUCAGAUGGAUGUAAAUAAUGCUUUCCUAAAUGGUGAUUUGGAUGAAGAAGUUUACAUGCAGCCACCUCUUGGUUUCUCUGGAGGCAGAAAAGAGCAAGUGUGCAAAUUGAUUAAGUCCCUAUAUGGCUUGAAACAAGCUAGUAGGCAGUGGAAUACAAAGUUGACUAUUGCAUUGAAACAUAUGGGAUUUAAACAAGCAGUUCCUGACAGUUCCUUAUUCAUCAGAGGCAAGAAUAGGUCCUUGGUGGCCUUAUUGGUCUAUGUAGAUGACAUUGUCCUUGCAAGUGAAAGCCUGGAAAUCAUACAAAAUGUCAAGCAGCAGCUAAGCACAAGUUUUCUACUCAAAGAUCUAGGCCCUUUAAGAUACUUUCUUGGGCUAGAAGUAGCUAGACACAAAAUGGGCAUUGCAGUAUGCCAAAGGAAGUAUGCAAUUGAAUUACUUGAAGAUAUAGGUUUUACAAAUGCUAAGCCUGUGUUCAGUCCCACAGUUCCCUCACACAAGCUGAGCAAGAAUGAAGGAGAAUUCCUUCAAGAUAGCAGCCAAUACAGGAGAAUUGUUGGUAAACUUCUUUACUUAACAAUAACAAGACCUGACAUUACUUUUGCCACUCAGCAAUUGUCCCAAUUUCUUGAUAAUCCUACAGAUCUACAUUUGCAAGCAGCACAUAGAGUCUUAAGAUAUAUCAAAGCUGCUCCUGGGCAAGGUUUAUUUUUCCCAUCUACAUCUGAUCUACACCUUAAGGCCUAUUCAGACUCAGAUUGGGGAGCUUGUGUAGAUACAAGGAGAUCUGUUACUGGAUUCUGCAUUUUUCUUGGAAAUGCCUUAAUCUCAUGGAAAUCCAAGAAACAACCUACUGUCUCCAAAUCAUCCUCAGAAGCAGAGUAUAGGGCUUUAGCAGCCACAAGCUGUGAGAUUCAGUGGUUGAUAUAUUUGCUAGCAGAGUUUGGAAUGAUUCACAAUGAAGCAGUAGCUAUAUACUGUGAUAGCAAAUCAGCUGUGGCUAUUGCAGAGAAUCCUGUGUUUCAUGAGAGAACUAAACACAUAGAGUUGGACUGUCAUCUUGUUUGA